AUGAUGAGAGUAAGAUUUCUUACAUGCUUCAUCAUUGUUUUAUGCACUCAAGACAUUUCAACUUUGGGUUUACAUCAAAAUUCCCGUUCGCAACAGAGAGGUCUAAACUCAUCAAAUAGCGACAUACAAACAAAGCAACCUAUUAGUAAUGUAGGAAACUACGGAAGCAUAAAGGAGGAAAAGUUUGAGCAAGGUUAUGACUUGAUUAAGAAAGCUAAUAGAGGAAAAGGAACUACCGGUGCUGCAAAUGUUAAUGACCGUUCUGAACCUCGCCGUUCUAAAAACUCUGCCUCAUCCAUGUUAUCUUGGAUUUCAACUGUGUGUGUAGGUGAAUUGAGUCAACAAAAAAAAUCAAAGAUAGGUGAAUUUGUCAACAACCAAAUAUCAAAGAUAGGUGAAGAUGAUGACAAAUUGUUCAAUUCAAAAAUUAAAAGCAUGCAAAAGAAGAAAAUUCAUGACAUCAUUGGGAAUCAUUGUGAAGUUGGGUUGAGCAGCCCCUCCAACAAAAAAAAGUAA